AUUUUUCGCAAAAAUUUAUUGUAACAACUCCUAAACUUUACACAAUUUAAAGAGGCAUUUGAGAGUGCAGUGCAGUGGGGUUUUCUAUGAGCAACCACUUAAAGGUUCAAAGCUUGAAUAUAAUUUUGACACUCAGCUGAGAGUAACGUCACCACAAAAGAUAUAAAAAAAAUGAUUUUUUGCGUAAAUAAAUUAAGGACGCAAAAGUAAACACACAAUAAUAUGAUUGAAAUAAAAGCAAAGUUUGUGCGUGCCGAUUCAGCGAUAUAUGCAACAGGAGAACGUGUGGAAUGCCUAAUCGAAUUCUAUCACUGUGGUACAGGGGACGAUAACAGAACAGAAAAUUUGGCAUGGGCAUCCGCACAAUUGCACUGCUAUCGGAAAACUAACUACAACAUUGAUAAAGUUAAUGAGUUAACGGAAUUAGUUGGGAAAACUACUUUGGAUGCAGUAACACAAGCAAGCGGUGAUAUCAUAAUUGCUACAAAACCCAAGAUAUUAUUUUGUGAUUUGAGACUACUGCCAGGUGAAACAAAAACUUACUUCUUCAAUGAAAUUUUGCCACGUAAUGGUCCUCCAACAUAUCGAGGGCAUGAUAUUAAAUACUUUUAUAAAAUAACAAUAGCCACACAAAGAGUUAAAUCUAAAGUGCAAUUGCUCAGUGUACCCAUUCGUGUUCUGCCUAUUCCAAUUAUUGCAAGACCGGAUGAAAUGCAGUGUACUGAAGAAACCAAUGAUGAAUUAGCGCCAACUAAUCCCUUUCUUGAGAAGCGCGAAAUUUCGGAGUUGGAGAUAUCAUGGCACCAUCUUAAGAAUGUAACUGCCCGUCGUGCACCGAAAUUUUAUCGGAUAUCUAAUAAGCGUGGAUUUGUUGGACGUUUUUGCUUAUUUAAACCAUCUUACAAAAUUGGUGAAGACAUCGUAGCUAGUCUUGAUUUUAGCAACUGCGAAGUGCGUUGCGUACAGUUUUCAGUAAAACUUCAAUCCCAAGAAAUAUCUUUGCAAACUAAUAGAGAUCAAUCAGGUUCCGAGUUGAAUGACGCUUCUUCGGUAAAUUCCCUGGACUUGGCAAGUAUUGCAAGUGGUACGGCAAUUGAUAAUUUACAUAAGUCUAAAACAUCUGGAAGUGCACGAAAUGCAGAAGAGGAGGAGCCCGUGGGUAAAAUCAGUACAUUCGCUACAAUACACCAAAUGAGCUAUGCAAUGUUGAAAACAUCCGUCAUAGUACCAAUUCCAUUGCACAUCACUCCUUCGUUUCGCACCGAUUUAGUUGAACUACGUUGGCGUUUGCAUUUUGAAUUUGUUACAACCACAAUGUUGGACUUUGGUACUCCUAAUCCAAUAGAAGGCGAAGUUAAGGCUCCUGCCGAAAUACCUGUAGAGACAAUGGUUUGGAAUCUGCCACUUAAUGCAAUAUAUGCGGCUAAUCCCCUUCAAAUAUAUUCCCCUAGCCAGAUUCAUAAGUUAUUAAUAAAGUAGUUUAUUUAUACUCUUUUUUUUAAUAUAAUUUGGAUUAUUCAAACAUUAAUAAAUACAUAUGUAUGUACGUGCGAAA